AUGUUCAUUCUAGGUGAUCUGGUUGGCGGUGGUGUUGUUGCAAUGCCUGUCGCAUUCGCUCAGACAGGGUUUGUGGUAGGCAUGCUGUUCAUGGUAAUCAUUUGUGCAAUUUUUGUAACAACAGGCUGGUUACUUGCUGAUACCUGGGAAAUUAUGCGUGAACGAUGGCCAGAAUAUCGUAAACAUUGUCGGAAACCUUUUUCAGAGAUGGCUCUGCGAAGCAUGAGCAAGACGUCAGAAAUUGUCACCAAAGUGACUGUCUACUCAACUCUGUUCGGUGCCACCGUCGUUUACAUACUUCUUUCCUCUAAGAUAAUUCAGAAAUUUAUGGCUAAUUUCGAUCUGAAUUUUAAUUUCUGCUUGCUUCUCAUCAUCGUUUCUAUGUCUAUAUUACCCAUAACAUUUCUUAAAUCACCUGCUGAUUUCUGGUGGGCAAUCCUUAUUGCUGUUCUUUGUACCGUUAUAACCAUUGUUAUGAUAUUCGUUGGUAUUAGUUUAGAUUUUCAUGAUUGCUACCAUGAGGCUUACUAUUCGGAUAUUUCAAUUGAUGCCAUUCUCAGCUUGGGCAUUUUUCUGUUUGCCUUCAACGGACACCAAGUUUUUCCAACUGUGCAAAACGAUAUGCGCAAUCCGCCAGAUUUCAAAAAAUCAGUUUUAGUCGGAUUCGUCUUUGUGGGAUUACUUUAUAUGCCUUUAUCCGCUUAUGCAUUUCUCGUAUACGGUAACAGUAUGUCAAACUCGGUAAUAGAUUCAGUGCAAACAACUUGGAUUCGUUACGUUGCUGAUUUAUCUAUAGCGGUACAUUGCAUUCUUGCAAUUAUUAUCACUGUGAAUCCAGUCAACUUGCAAUUGGAAGACACUUUCAAUGUGCCACAUAAAUUCUGUUUCAAGCGAGUGGUGGUCCGCACAGGCCUACUACUGGCAGCAUUAUUUGUUGGUCUAUCACUCCCGAACUUUGGUUCUGUAAUGAAUUUAUUCGGAAGUACCACAGUACCUUGUACAUGUGUCAUUUUACCGACCCUAUUUAGUAUUUAUAUUAAAGCUGCUACCUAUGACAAAAAUAAGGAUAUGUGGAUUAAGCCGACAUUUCGGGAGGUGCUGCAAAAAACACCGAAAGCUCAACUUUCAGCUUUAAUACUCAUAAAUGUUAUAACUGUGAUUUGUUCCAUGAUCGCUACUGCAUUGUCUGUUAAAGAAAUAUUAGGAGUGCGGUUCACUCCACCAUGUUAUGCUUUGCCGUUUCUUACCCAUAAGAAUAGAGCACAGCUGGAUGCCGAUGUGCUCAAUUGCUGUGGAAUGUUUAGGAACAUUUCGAAAUUCAACUUUCAAUGUGGUGCUCCAUCUUGAUCAUAUGCUCUUAUUUUCACGCUUUUUAAUUUAAAUCUUACUUUUGAUAAGCUCUCAUCCAUUUACUGUAACUGUUCGCAAAUAAACUUACACUUAUAAAGUAAUCAGUGAUAAAUAUGUUUGCACU